AUGAAGAACUCUCUUCUUUGCACUCUUUUCUCCCUCUUCGUGGCCGCAUGGGCUGGCGGAUAUCAAGGCUGCCUCGAACGCGUGUGGUUGUAUCAAGCCUACUUGAUCGAUAGCCUCAACGACUACGAUGAUCAAACAAUCGGUUGGCAGUGCAAAGACAAAGGAGUCACUAAGAACACAAAGACAUGUGCAAAUUGGGUUAGGAUGCCAGGAAGCAAGAGAGGUUCGACUUUGACCUAUGAUCAGUUCGUAUUCGCUCUAGGUAAGACGGGAUUGCGUACAGGAUGGUCCUCAAUGUCAGGAGGCGAGCUUGAUGUAGAAGCGACAGCUUUGAAAACAUACAACCAAUACCUCACGCCAGCGCCUGGUCAGGCUGCGGGUAACGCUAAGGUCAACAACUUUGGUGCGUGGUUAGCCGUUAAGGACACUUUCGAAUGGAAUGCGUGCAUCGUGAAAGUUGGUCAAGUUGUAGACGAUACGUACAGAGCGAGAUCAUCUGGCAUGGAUGAUGCUACGAAGAAGUUGUUCAAGAAUUUUGAUGCCACAAGAGACCUAGUCAUCAAGGCGCGUACAGGUGACCAUGGUCCUUUCCUCAUCGAGAAGGCGCGCCAGAAGCUGCCCAACAUGGACAUCAACAUCGAAGUUAUAGGUGCUAGUAAGAAUUGGGAAACAGUCGAUUGGGCAGAGACCGAACGAGAAGCUCGCGAGGCAGGUAAUAAGAAUGCGGGAACUGAGAUAACAGACUUCUUAAAUGAGUGGUAUGGCGAUAACAGCGGCGAUUCUCAUGCUAGAGAUCACAAGCAGGUGAUCAACUCUUUCAAGCAGAUCCAAAGUCAACAGCUUGCCUGCGGUCGAUAG